GUCGCCUUGAUUGGCAGACUUGCGUUCCUUUUCUCAUUCCCUAACUACUUACCUUAGCUUCUGCCUAGUUCACCAGACUCGCUCGUUACCUCUCAAACGGCGCAUUGAGCGCUCAUAAAGAAAAAUGCGCAUCACCGCGAUGCUAUCGCCGCCGGUAUCAUCCGUCAUUCUCUCUCUCCUAGCCCUUGCGUCUACUGCAGUCGCAUCCGAUGCCGAGUCCACCUCGACAACAACUGCUUGCACAGCUUCCUCGACAUCCGGCGCCUUCUUUGAUCUGAGGCCUGACGCCGCCAUAAAACCAAAACCCGAUGGCUCCCGGCCCUCCCAUAGCCGCGGCGCACCUUUAACCGACUACAAAGCGAGGGGCUGGGACUAUGGCUCCAAUUUUACCUUGAACAUUUGUAACGCAGUCGUUGAGCCUAUCGAGGACGUGAAGGAUAUUGCGGCCAGCAAGUGGCAGAAUAUCAGCGCGUACUAUGUCUCCGAGGGAGAGUACUACAGCCUGGGCUUCCAGUCGGGUAGCCUGGUGACGCGUGGAAAAGAACUAGUUCUACAAUACACCGGCGGUUCCCCUUGUGGGACGAAGCGAAAGUCAACAUCACGGAGUUUGAGUGACAGAAGCACUAUCCACUCCGGCGCAGCUUACAGAAACUACGAGAAUGAAGAAGACGAACCGUCCUCUUCAACGCCAGAGGAUAGUAACGACGGCGACAGCAACAAGGAUGAUGAGAAGGACGGCAAAGAGGAUGGCAGCAAGGUCGACGACGACAAGGGCGAUGAUGAUAAUGAAGAUGAUGAAGUUCGCAGGAAAUCCACCACCAUCUUCUUCGCCUGCGAUAGAGAUGUGGUCGGCGGAAAUGCCGCCGUCUCUUUCAUCGCCGUCGAUCCCGAAGAAUGCAACUAUGUCUUCAAGGUCAAGUCGGCACAUGCGUGCGCCACCGCGGAGCCGCACAAGCCCGGUAGCGUAGGUCCUGGUUCGGUUUUUGCCAUCAUUCUGGUUGUGGCCGUGUUUGUGUACCUGCUGGGUGGUGUCUUCUACAACCGAACUGUCGGAAAUGCCCGAGGCUGGAGACAGCUACCGAACCACGCAAUGUGGCAAGGUAUAUGGAGUUUCAUCUGCGACAUCUUUGUCAUUGCUACAUCGUCCUGCGCCCGACUAUUACCGAGUCGGCGAGGAUACCACUAUCUAUCGGGGUCCUCCAGCUCGAGGGCAAGGAACAAUCGAGACGCCGAAAAUCGUCUGAUCGAUCAAUACGAUGAGGAAUGGGAGGAUUGAUGCUAUAGUCCACCAACAACAAAAAUGAUAGUUUUAUUUAGCUUCUGUUUUAGCAACAACUAGAUGGGCCCCGGGUCCUCCA